UUUUAUUGAUUUCAUAUCUCUUACUCACAAAAUAUGGGUAAAGCGAGUGGGUUUUCGAUAAAAUUCGAUGAAGAUUACCUACAAUCUCUUGUUGAAACUGACAAUUCAGGAGUCUUUUUGGAUAAUUGCCAGUACCACAUUGCCUUACAUCCAGCUCAACUAGGUAGUUUUAAAAGUUCCAUAGCUGACGAACUGGGUAGGAAAAUAGCUAAAUAUGAUAAAAGUUUCGAUGGAAUUUUGCUGGGUUUUAAGAAUGUCAAAUCUGCGUCCAGAUUGGGAGUGAUCGGACUGGACAAUUGUUUUGUACAUAUUGACGUAAACGCUGAUUGUUAUAUAUUUCGACCCGAAGUAGGGAUGAUUUUAAAGGGUAUUGUGACGAGGAGCACCAAACAUCAUGUCGGCUGUCUGGUAUACAAUACAUUUAAUGUUUCAUUAACAAAUAUGAACUCGGACCAAAACUGGCAAGGUUCAGAUGCAAAUCCGGGUGAUCAAGUAUGUUUUGAAAUAACCUUUGUCGACCAGGAAACUAGAAUGCUGUAUAUCAAGGGAAAAUUAUUGUCCCUGAAGAAGAAGCAAAAUCAAAUAUCCUCUAAUAAUGUUGAUGCAGAAAAACCAAGCUGGGGUCAAGAAAGCAUACCUGAUAAUAGCUUCAAAGAAGACGUAGCUGGAGAGAUAUCAUCACUUUCCCAGAGAGAAGGAAAAAAGAAGAAAAAGAAAAAAUCCGAGGCUUUGCUGAACAACUCCGAUGAAUUGGAACAGUCAUUAAACAUGUUUAACGCAGCUAACGAGCUUAAUGUGAAGGAAAUUAAUUCAGAAACAGCAACAACAGAGGGUCGGAAAAAGAAAAAGCUGAGAAAAUUAGCUGACGAUGGUGUGACCGCCGGAGCUUCCCUACAAAAUAUGAUUACAGAUGAUGCAGGAGAGAUAACGCAGCGUGAGGGGAAAAAGAAAAAGGAAAAACAUGUCGACGAACUCGAUAAAUUAAACUCGGAUAUAAUCAGCAGAAUAUUUAACUACAAUAUUCCACAAAAGGAAGAAUUCACAAGUUCUAAGAAAAUAAGCGAUGAUAAUUCGGAGAUCGAUUUCAAUGAAAAUAAACCAAAAAAGAAAAAAGUAUCAAAAUUACUGUAUGAUAGCGUUCAGAUUGCUGCGGGUAAAACGUCAGCCGAUGAUAGUGAAAGAGAAGUCAAUUCACGAAAACAGAGUAAAAUACAAAAUCAAAAUAUUGCAAUGACAGGUUUUGUUACAGACGCCGUAGAAGAGAACAUGGGUGAGGUAUCUAUGGAGAAGAUGGUCUUGGAAACGCCGACGAAGAGGCCUAAGAGGAGGCAGAACAAAUCACUCGAGCAUUGUGUUUUAAAUAACUUUGCAGAUGAUACCAGUGGGACAACAAAAAAGUUGGAUGUUAACAUACAGAGCGAGUUAAUAAGAGCCGGAGAAAAAUCGCCAAAACAAAAGCGAAGAAAAUCAACGACCGACGUGUCAUAUAGUGAAGACAAAAUUAAUGAUCCAAAUGCGUCUAAUGGUGGACCCCAGCUAGAAGAUCCCAGUAAAAGUAGAACUAACCGAAGUCCCAAAGAAUCAAAACUCUCUUCCAUCAGCGUUCCAGAUAGUGUAAGUGAAGUAAUAGAAGAGGUUGUGAAGAAUUCAUUGAAACAAUCCGAAGAGAAGGAAGCCACGGUGAGUGAUAUUUUGGAAACGUUGAAAAUGAGUAUGAUAAUAGGCGCUAAAAGGAAGCGAAGGAAUUCUGUGGCGGGUGACGUUUUAACACUCAAAACGUCAGAUGAAGAUGGAACAAGCACAACAGGCGAGGGGAAGUUGCAAAGGAAAGAAGAGGUACCCUUUGAAGAGUUAGAUUUGAACGUGUUGUUUGAAAAUUCUCCCGUGGGGAAUGUAAAGCUGGAACGGGAUUCAGACUUGGAGAGGACGACCAAGAAGAAAGAGUCGAGUCUCCGGUCUCCCAAGAAGAAAGUAGAUCGAAUAUCCGCGAAUAAUAUUGAGGCAGAAUUACCUAGUUGGAGUCAAGAAAGGAAACCUGAUGAGAACUUCGAAGAGAGCGUAGGUGGAAAAAUAUCGUCUGUGGCCCAGAGAGAAGAGAAAAGCAACAAAAAGAACAAAUCUGGGACUAGGCUGAACAAAUCGGAUGAGUUGACAGAUUUGAAAAAAAUGAAGAGCAGUACACAGGCAUGUAAAAUCACGAACGACGAAUUUAAUGAAAUCAACGCGCUUAAAGUAAAGGAAAUUGAUUUGGAAACAUCAACAACGGAGAUGGGUUUGGAAACACCGACAAAAAGUCAUAAAAAGAAGCAGAAGAGCAAAUCUCUCGAGGAUGGUGUCUUAAAUAACAACUUUCCCGAUGGCACAACACUGACAGCUACGCAGGCGCACGAUACGACGAAAAGAAAAAGAAAUAGUAGCGAAAAGUGGGAAAAUUAUAUAAAGAAAGAGUCAAUGACAGCUGGAGAAACUUCUGCAGAGGAAUGGGAAGCGGUCGAAAAAACGCCAAAAGAAAAGCGACGAAGGGGUGAGACCCAGCAACUGGGAGAUCCCGAUAAAAAUAGAUCUGACCAAAGCCCAGAAAAAUCGAAACGUUCUUCAAUAAAGGUUCCAGAUAGCAUAAGUGAAGCAAUUGAAGAGGUACUAAAAAAUUCAUUAAAAGAAUCUGAAGACAAGGAGUCUGCGGUAAAUGAAAUUUUGGAGACGUUGAGAAUGAGUAUGAUAAAAGGCGGUAAAAGAAAGCGUAGGCAUUCUGUGGCUGGUGACGUUUUAGCGCCAAAAACGUCAGACGAAGAUCGGGAAAGCGAAAGGGGCAGCGCCAAAACGAAAAUUAAAAAGGUAAAAGGGGAACCAGCCAGCUCGGAAUUAGAAGGAAAGAAAUUACAGUCGAAAGAUCAGGAUUCCCUCGAAGAGUUAGAUUUGAACGCGUUGUUUCAAAAUUCUUCGGUGGGUUUGAAAAUGGGCGAACUGGAACAUGGGGCGGAACCGAUUAAGAAAAGGAGGAAGAGUUUUUCGCAGAGCUUAUCCGUGGAAAAUAUAAAGUUGGAGCCAGAUUCAGACUUCGAAAGAGCAACAAUACGGCAUAGUUAAGUUUCGGCUGAAUAUUUUUGUGUGCAGUCUAUUAUGUAAUUUUGUUUUAAAUAAAUGACGUAUUUUAGAGCGACAGAUUACACGUUUUUACUCG